AUAUGUGCUUUGAUCAGCAAAAACGUUUGCCUCUCUAGCUACGAAGUAAAACGAUCCUAUCGAGUCGUUACUCCAUCCACUACGUGAAUGUUGUUUUGUAUUCAGAUCAUUGAUGCCAGCAGACCAUGAUAGUCAACAUCAGAGUUCACCUUGAGAUCGGUGGUGUCCGUACACUCCUCGGUCCAUAUCAACGACAGCUAGUCGGCCGUGCUCACGAAUCGGACCUGCACGACUUUGUACUGGACAAGGCAGUCGAGGUCCUCACAACCGACGUGUUUUCACCUGAGCUACGACGGAAAGUCUACUUCGUGUCUGUAAAGAGCGGAGGAGGAGAAAGAGGAGGGGAGGAGGGAGGGCAGGAGAGAGAUCUAGGGGUUGUGUAUGAUGUGUACUGUGUGAGGGCCGAGCCAUCGGCGGCUGGGAUCGCUAGCAGUGAACUGGUGGCGGAGCUCAUGAGGGUAUUUGGGUUGUCAGAGGUGAAGGAGGAGGCACUCGUGCCGUGGAAAGUAUCUCCAGUGGAUCAGAACGAAGGAGAGAGAUUCCAUGAGUGUCGUACAGGACGUGAGGAUUGUGGAUCUCCGACAGACCCCCAGUACCAGCCAGGCUCAGCAUUCCUCCUCACCACUGGAAGUUGUCCAGUCUCCACCUCAUAUAGCCCUGAUGCCUUACUCCAUAGUCUUCCAGCUAUCGUGGCUGCUGGUGACCACGUAGAGGUGAGCACUUUU